UUCGCAUUUCGUUGUAUUGAUAUUAGAGGGCUUGAAACAGAUGCUCUGCAUGCGCCCGUUGUUUGCUUGGGACGCAUGGCUCGCUAUGAUCGCGCUCGAUCCGGACUUCUCUGUCGCUUUCGAAGGCAACUCGGGGCCGUCGCCGUAGGCGUAGGAAGAAAAAAACCUUAGGCUAAAGGAAAAAAAAAAAAGCGCUUUUCUUUGUUCCCCCGUUUGAGGAAAUUUGUGUUUCUGGAAUGCAUGCGGCGAUAUAUGGCUAUGAAAACAUGGAUGCGGCGCAUCGUUUUUGAAUGCGCGCUGCGUUAGAAACGGUUUCGGUGGCCCCCUUGGGCUCCUUCGGGGUAGGGGAAAUUUGAUCGUGCAGGAUCUGCCCGUGCGGUCGCUACGUGCGUCCGACGAUUAGUGGGCGAACGCAUUAAAAGGUUUCGCGGAGAGCCCCUUUUUGCCGCCGCGUUAUUAAUCAUAACCGCGUGCGCGCGCGAGGGCGUGUGUUGCGGCGAAGCACGCGCUCGCUCUUUUGCGGCGGCUGUGCAGAAUCGGGGCGCUUUUACUCGGCGGUGUUGGUGGGGUGUUUUUUGGUGGCGUCGGGUGCAGCCGUGCGAAUCUUUCGACGCAGCUGUGACUUUUGUGCGGGGCUGCGUAUCGAUAACUUCGGGCACGCUUUUUCCUGCUUGAUUUUGUUUGCCGUUAUACCUGUAGUUCCGCGAUGCUCUCUCUCUCUCUUCGUUCGAGGGCUUAGUCGGUUCGAGUUGAAUAAUCUGAACAUUGUACAGACCGAACAUGAGGUAACCCGGUGACCUGAGGCAGCCAGCAUGGCGCUGCAAUACCUGUGCCCGCUGUGCCCAUACGAGACUCGGUCGCGAGGCAUCCUCUACCGCCACCUGCUCAUCCACACGGGCGUGAAGCCCUACUGCUGCGAGCACUGUGGCCGGCGCUACGCUUUGCCCGAAACGCUGCUCCGGCACAUGGCCGCCCACCGCAAGAAGCCGCCCUACCAGUGCAGCCGCUGCACCCUCGCCCUGGACCACUUCUCCGAGUACCUGCGGCACCAGGUGUACCACAUGCUCAAGAGCAUCCACCGGUGCUCGUCAUGCGGGGAGGGCUUCGUCUGGAAGCAGGCCCUCAAGCACCACUCGCGGCUCCACAAGGACAGUCGCCACCUGUUUCAUAUGUUCUUCCGAAGGCAAGCCAAGAUGGCCACCGCCCGUCAGGCGGCGCGCUUCCCCGGUGGCGCCAACGAGAAUGACAUGCCCCUUGACCUCAAGAUGCCUCCGGUCAAGGUCAAAGCGGAGCUCUCGGAGCGCCCCCUCAACCUGAAGAGCACUAACAGCAACAACCACGGCCAGGGAAGACUGGACCAGGACAGGACCCUGGGGCUCCUCCAGUGUCCUCCGCUCCAGAGCCCCCUGGGGAACCUGCUGAUGCCAGGCUGCUCCCCACUCCUAGACAACUACUUCAAGUUCUACAUGUACCCGCACCUGAACCUGCUGCCUUACCAGAACGGCGGCGCGGGACUGGCGUCUCCGGACUCACCCGUGGCAAACGGCGGCGAGUCGGGCCUCCUGGUGUGCCGCGUCUGCGGCUGGCAGUUCACGAAGUUGAGCCACCUGACGGCCCACAUGUAUGUGCACACGGGGCGCCGCCUGCACAGCUGCGAGGUGUGCAGCAAGACCUUCACCCGCAAGGGCUCCCUCAAGCUACACCGGCUGCAGCACCUGGACGAGAAGCCGUACCAGUGCGACAUCUGCCGCAAGACAUUCCUGCAGGCGCGCUACCUCCGCGCCCACCUCCUGGUCCACCGCAGGCAGGAGGCCUCUUCGCUGCCCGUCGAGCCCGAGCUCGGGGACGCAGUGCCGCCCGCUUCUGCACCUGUCUUCCCGGCCGUGUUCGGAACCGCGAUGCCGACCCCAGACCUGUCCGUGCCGGAGCCAGAGGCCGUCGAGUCUCCGGAGUCGUCGUCGGGCGCCACACCGUCUGGGUCGUCCCCCCACCGGUGCCCCGUGUGCCAGAAGGGCUUCUCACAGCCGUACAAGCUGCGCCGCCACCUGGUGAUCCACGCCAGCCCCCGUAUCCACCAGUGCAACGUCUGCCAGAAGGUGCUGCCCUCGGUGACGGAGCUGCGGAGCCACAAGAAGUCGCACGGGCGGGCGCGCCUCCACUGCUGCGACUACUGCAAGAAGGACUUCUCGUGCUCCUCGACGCUGCGCCGGCACGUGCGCAUCCACACGGGCGAGAAGCCCUACCAGUGCGAGGUGUGCUUCAAGCGCUUCUCGGACCUGUCCAACAAGAACUGCCACAUGCGCACGCACACGGGGGAGAAGCCCUACCGCUGCCAGGUGUGCAGCAUGAAGUUCUCCCUCAAGAACGCCCUCAACUGCCACAUGCGCAACCACAUGCUCUAGCGGCCUCUCCCCGCCUGCCGCCGACGCAAAGUAUCUUGCUCCUGCCGCCCACCCGUCGUGUGCGGCCUGGCGUACCUUGAGGUUGCCCGGAGGAGGGAAUGUGAUGGUUUUUGUUGCGACACGCUGUUCCGGAGGAGGUUCUGGAUGGGAUGGGGGCUUCCGUCGGCGAUAUUGGAGCGUCUCGCGGAAAUCCCAAUCUUUCAUUUCUUCAUUUACCUCUUCAUGCUCCGUUGGGUGUUUCUGCAAAAAGGUUCUAUUUCUGUUCGAGUAAUGCGCUGUCUCUUUCAGACAUCUGCACUGUGUUAAUUCGUGUUCUGAAUGCUCCCAAUUGCUUUUGGCAUAAAUUUUCACAUAUUUUCGGUUAGGAAAAUAUAAUCAAAAUUCUUUAUUGAGCACCUCAGCUUUGGGAAAAAGCUUUUUAGAUUUUAUUGCAUUUUAAAGGAGUUUAUAGUUUCUCUGGCAGCUCAAGCAUUGUGUGCAAUACCAUUUGGUUGAUGUGGAGCAUGACAAAAUCCUACCUCUAGCAUUCUUACCUCUCUCUAGCAUUCUUUCUUGUACGGUAGAGGUGGGACAUUUUAUUCCUUGGCAAUUUUACGGGUUUGCUUUAUGACAGAAAAGGUCAAGAGCCGAUUUCGAAAUCUAGGCCAGUGCAAAGUCGACUUUGCUCGAUCAUUGUUGAGAAGCCAGCAACUCUAUGUUACAAAGAUUUUCUUAAUUUUUUUCUAGAUAUCUCGGUUUUUUGGGAAAGGUGUUCCUUUUUAGUGGAAAUCCUGAUUUUAUCAAUGUUUCUUUUAAAUGAGAUAUUUGUACUGCUGUAGAGCAGUGCAGUGCAGAGGUUAUAAGAUUCUGGUCAUGGACCUGCUGUGCACCCAAUUGUUUCCUAUCCCGAGCAGUGUUUCAACUUGCAGAAUAUUUUUGAAAGCGGACCUUUUCUUUUUUAUUUCGUAGUGCUGCCAGCGGCUGUGCUUGGCUCAAAUGUCACUGACUUGCAAGCUUUGUCUUUCUGCUGAUCUAUCCUUCCUCAACACAAUCGACAGACAGUCUUUCCACAAAAUACGUUGUACAGGGCAACUCCUCAGCAGCGGAGGUGUAGCGUAUGGUUACUGUCAUUGACUCAGUGUUUCUCUUUCGAGGAGUUCAGUUAUUAGAUCUGUUCUGUGCCGAUCAGCCCGGUAAAGAUGAUGGCCGUUGUAGUUUUAAACCGCUUUGCUUCGUUCAAAAGCUCACUUUUUUUUUGUGAAGCAAGGUUUUCAUUUACAGGAUCGAGUUCAGGUGUGGACGGUAUGGUGACUUUCGAAGUGCACUUGUGGCCUUCGCAUUGCAUAGAUAUUUGUAGCCCUCUUUGAUUCCUUUCUUUGGCUCAGUCAGCAGUGUGAAAAAUAGGAGUGCUGCUUUUUCUGAAAGCAUUUUUUGACAUGUAUGUGCCUGGUUUGCAUUAUGGUGCACGGAUUUGUACAGCAGUUCACGUUUGUUGAGUCGGCUCUUAAGGGUUUUUGGAAUUGUUUGUUGGCUUGAUCUGUAGCACGCCACUCUCCUUUCCUUUUUGCAGUCAUAUGAUCGAAGCGGUGAUAUUGUUUUACCUCUCUGUUUAUAUAUAUAUAUUAUAUAUAUGCAUACUCAUACGUGCAAGGAAUCUUGCAUUACUCAUUUUGUUACGUUUGUCGCUUGGCCGGCUCGUAGCACAGAAUACUCACCGAACGAAUUUUCGGCAAUGGCGCGGGCCAAAAGUGACGGUACGGCGGCAGGCUGCAAGCGCGGGAAAGGGGAGGAAGGACAGCAUCUUUUCUCGGAAACCACUAUGCAUCACGUGAAGAAGACGUGUCUGUAAGAUUCACGAUGUAAAAAAAAAAAAAAAAAAAGAAUGCAGAGAAUUAUGUGUAUCCUCGCAGGAAUGUACACACUGUAAAUAGCGACCCAAAAGCCACCCAACUGGUAUACUACGUUGGAAUCUGAGUACCCUCAUUGCAUACGUCCGGUACCGACAGACACGCCGUCUGCUACCUCAGCUGGUCAUCUUUGUUUCGGUUCUCCAAGAGACCCAAGAAGCGGAAAUGCCCAGGGAAGAGUUUCGUGUCUUCCUGUCGUGUGGGGUUGUCUUUAGCAUUAAGCCGGUCGAGGUGUGCGAUGGGGGGGGGCAUCAUUAAAGAGAGGAAGGAAAACGAGCAUUGUCACAAUUGAUUAUUGUUGGAGACAAACUUCCACAUUACGGUCGGUCCAUUUGCUGUAUUCGUUUUUCCAGACUGCAAACUGAUAUGGUCAUUGUGCAUCUGUUAACUGACAGGGUUGUCUAUCAGACACAUGCUAGGCAGGCUACAUGAUUUACAGUCACAAAAGUUAGAAAAACAAAAGAAAUAUUUUAGAAUUGUGUAUGAGGUAAGGAGUAGCAUGCUUGGGAGUGUAGUGAGGUUUAAAGAAAAGAAAUGUGUCAAAAUAUGACUUCGGCAAACCUUUGCUUUGAAAGCUGUGCUUGUCGGUGUCACAUUUUUGCCCAACUCCACUCGAGUGUCGUCAGUUAUGCAGCCUGACUUGAUACCAUUGGCUAAGUCUGUUUUACCCCCCCCCCUAUUUCGUGAGCGAUGUAGUACUUGCACUGUACUACGCAUUUGCUGCUCGUCUAAAACUCCGGGGCAGUUAACAGUUGCAGACAAGAGAAGCAAGUGCUAAGUCAGACUGGCCCAGCAACCGAAACUUAUCCCGACAAUGAUUCUCAGUUGUGCAAUGCCUGUUUUGUUAGGAGUGGAUAUGAAGCAACCCGCCUGCUGUUAGUUUGUAAAUAGAGUACCUGUGUCGUCACCAGUGACAGCUACCUCAGGCUGCAUACAAGAACCAGCCGCCGCUUAAAACGUCCACACGUCUUAUUACUGACCUCUUCAAGCCCUCUCAUAAAGUGCUUGUCUGCUACGUUUUUGAAGGGGGUCUGACUUGUUUCGGCGCUCAGUUUUGGUGAGCUUUCUUGAUCUGAUAAUAUUUGGCUCGAGUGAGAUAUGCUCUGCGUGUUAGUGUCUAGCUACACGGCCUUUGGCAUUAGUCGGAGUGAUACUCUGCAGUUUUAUUGAAGGCGCUUGCGUUUGACAGAUGUGUGGUAUUAUAUUACGUUUGUCCUAAGGUUGAGCCCGUGCUUUAGAUGCAUUCAUGGGCAUGUAAUACUGGUGGUUUGUUUAUUAUUGUUACUGGAGAGACAGCUUUUGCUGUCUAUCAGACCGAUGAUGUCCAAACAAGAUUUGGUACAGGCCUACACACACUGGGCUUGAAACAUGAUCUCACAUGGGCUUGGAUGACAUAUGCAAACAUGUGGAGACAACUGUAACAGGGUGAAUUUUGUUUUUGUGUUUGACCAUAUCCACUUGGUGAUAAAUUUGGCUUGAUUCUUGUCGCUGUCAAAGACAACAUAUCAAGGUAAUACAGGAGCAAUAUUUUGGCUUGCGCUUUGGUAGCCUGGAUAUCGUGAAGUAUUCCUUCCGAUUGCCCGUAUUUUCCUCUGUUCACUCUUGAUUUGGUCCGUACGAGAUUUUGGUGCAACUUUGAUGUGCUAGGCUCGUUCAAAGUGCUGUCAAGUUGUACUUGUGGGAAAGACUGUUUUAGAAGGCAAAGGCACCCAAGUGUACCGACUUAGAAUACGCUCAGUGUAACAUAGUGUCACCUCUAAAAUAAAGUAUCAAAGUA